AUGGGGGUUCGAUUUUGUAAAGAUGGCCAUUUCAUUCAAAUUGUCAUUGAGGAUUCCGAAGAAAUAACUAUGAUGAAGAUGAAAGAGCGGAAGAAGAAAAGAGAGAAAAGUAAAAAAGACAGAGUAGGAGCAGCCAAGAAGAUCCAGGCCUGGUGGCGUGGCACCCUGGUGCGCCGGACAUUGUUGCAUGCAGCCCUGAGGACUUGGAUGAUUCAGUGCUGGUGGAGACUGACAAUGGACAGGCUGCUGCAGAAGAAGCGGAGAGCAGCCCUGAUUGCCUAUGCCUACAGAGAGAGGGCAGUGGUCAAGCUCCAGUCUCUGGUCCGUAUGUGGCGCAUCCACUGGCGAUACUGCCAGGUGCUCAAUGCCAUCUAUGUCAUCCAGUACCACUGGCAAUGCCACAACUGCCAGGCCUGUGCCCUCCUCCGGGGCCACUGCGUGGUCACAGCCACGCACCUGCAGUUUCACAUUGAGAUCAUUAACCCCUAG